GCUGCUGAAACCACAUUGGCUCAAACCACAACAUCUGCUGCUGAAACCACAUUGGCUCAAACCACAACAUCUGCUGCUGAAACCACAUUGGCUCAAACCACAACAUCUGCUGCUGAAACCACACUGGCUCAAACAUCUGCGGCUGUAACCACAUUGGCUCAAACCACAACAUCUACUGCUGAAACCACAUUGGCUCAAACAUCUGCUGCUGAAACCACAUUGGCUCAAACCACAACAUCUGCUGCUGAAACCACACUGGCUCAAACAUCUGCGGCUGUAACCACAUUGGCUCAAACCCCAACAUCUACUGCUGAAACCACAUUGGCUCAAACCACAACAUCUGCUGUCAAAACCACAUUGGCUCAAACCACAACAUCUGCUGUCAAAACCACAUUGGCUCAAACCACAACAUCUGCUUUUGAAACCACAUUGGCUCAAACCACAACUGCUGCUGAAACCACAUUGGCUCAAACAUCUGCUGCUGAAACCACAUUGGCUCAAACAUCUGCUGCUGAAACCACAAUGGCUCAAACCACAACAUCUGCUGCUGAUACCACAUUGGCUCAAACCACAACAUCUGUUGCUGGAACCACAUUGGCUCAAACCACAACAUCUGCUGCUGAAACCACAAUGGCUCAAAACACAACAGCUGCUGCAGAAACCACAUUGGCUCAAAGCACAACAUCUGCUGCUGAAACCACAACAUCUGCUGCUGAAACCACAACAUCUGCUGCUGCAACCACAUUGGCUCAAACCACAACAUCUGCUGCUGAAACCACAUUGGCUCAAACCACAACAUCUGCUGCUAAAACCACAUUGUUGCAAACUACAACAUCAUCUGCUGAAACCACAUUGGCUGAAAGUACUACCCUAAGCAGCACUUCUACAGAAACUUCUUCCCUAGGCACCACUUUUGCUGAAACUUCACCCAGAGUUAGUUCAACAGGAACUGUAUUGGAAACAUCCACGCCUGUAAUAACAGCUAUUAAAACAUCCACAGUUGUAACUACACAUGGCUUAACAUCUGCUGCUGAAACCACAUUGGCUCAAACCACAACAUCUGCUGCUGAAACCACAUUGGCUCAAACCACAACAACUGCUGCUGAAACCACAUUGGCUCAAACCACAACAUCUGCUGCUGAAACCACACUGGCUCAAACAUCUGCGGCUGUAACCACAUUGGCUCAAACCACAACAUCUGCUGCUGAAACCACAUUGGCUCAAACCACAACAUCUGCUGCUGAAACCACACUGGCUCAAACAUCUGCGGCUGUAACCACAUUGGCUCAAACCCCAACAUCUACUGCUGAAACCACAUUGGCUCAAACCACAACAUUUGCUGUCAAAACCACAUUGGCUCAAACCACAACAUCUGCUUUUGAAACCACAUUGGCUCAAACCACAACUGCUGCUGAAACCACAUUGGCUCAAACAUCUGCUGCUGAAACCACAAUGGCUCAAACCACAACAUCUGCUGCUGAUACCACAUUGGCUCAAACCACAACAUCUGUUGCUGGAACCACAUUGGCUCAAACCACAACAUCUGCUGCUGAAACCACAAUGGCUCAAACACAACAUCUGCUGCUGAAACCACAAUGGCUCAAACACAACAUCUGGUGUCAAAACCACAUUGGCUCAAACCACAACAUCUGCUGCUGAAACCACA